UUGCGUGCAUGCAGCCGGAACAAGUGCGCGGCGUGCUACCGCCAGUUCAACAGGAUGGAGCACCUGGUGGAGCACAUGCGCGCGUCGCACCAUUCGCCGCACGAGCCGCGCUGCGGCGUCUGCGGCAAGCACUGCCGCUCGCUCGACGCCCUCCGCGACCACCUCGGCUUCGGCGCCUCCCUGCCCCCCAAGCCCGCCUGCGCCACGGCCUUCGCUGCCAAGGGCUGCCCCCUCUGCCUCGCCGUCUUCUCUAGCUCCGGCUCCCUCCGCGUCCACAGCCCAACCUGUCACCUCUCCCGCCCUCCGGUUCCCUCGAGGGCCAUGCCAAGAGUGGCCGUCGGCGGUGUGGUGGCGCUGGGGUGCAAGAUGGUGGGCGGCGGGAGCGACGGGACGCUGGACGUGUGCGGGCGCGUCUGCGUCAUCGACGAGAAUGAGACCAUCGUCUUCGAGAACUUUGUGAGGCCGCUCCUCCCGGUGACGCACUACCGGUACGAGACCACGGGGAUCCGCCCCGAGUACCUGCGGGACGCGCCGACGGUGAAGACGGUGCAGCGGCAGGUAGAGGACAUCCUCCUCAACGGCGAGCAGCCGUGGAAGAUCCGGUCCUCCCGCGGCGCGGCCAGGCUCCUCGUCGGCCACGGCCUGGAGCACGAUCUCAACGCGCUGGGCAUGGACUACCCGGCGUACCUGAAGCGGGACACGGCGGAAUACCCGCCGCUGGUGAAGACGAGCGCCAGGCUGAUGAGCAACUCGCUCCGGUUCCUCACACAAAGCUGCCUCGGCUACGAAAUCCAGACGGGCCACCAGCACCCCUACGAGGACUGCGUGGCGGCCAUGCGGCUGUACAAGAGGAUGCGCGCGAUGAGGCACGGCCAGCCCAAGAACGGCGGCGAAGGCGAUGGGUGCGCGGCGGUGGCAUUCCCAGCGCGGAGGCAGCGGGAGCUGGAGCGCAUGUCGCCGGAGGAGCUCCUUAGCAUGUCCAAGCCGGACUACCACUGCUGGUGCCUCGACGACUAGCUAGCCACGGCCAGUGCGAGGCUGCCAGCGGAAUUCGAUUCUUCGCGCUUUACUUAGUUGAUCAAAAUACCACGUGCUUGUUACAUAGCUAGCUGCAGUACAACGUGGUGAAUAAGAAACGGAGAGAGGGGGAGGGAGAGAGAGUAGACAUAUGCAGACGCGAGUAGGACUGUAGGAGUAUAUAUAUGUACAUGUCCCAGUGAAUGCUGGUUCAUCUACAUACUGUAUGAACUAAUGGACAUGAAUCUCAAGGUGUUGUGCUGACUUAGUAUUUUGAAGAUGCUCAUAGAAGUAGGCUGUGUAUAUUUAUAUAGGAGCAUGUGUGGGUAUGUGAACAUUAGUAAUUUAUAGCGUUAAAUAGAAAAAAAACUAGGACGCCGAUAACCGCCAAACGUGUAGUAUGUACCAACACCGCCCACACAUUUUUACACUAAAUUUGCCAUCCGAAAAAAAU